AUUUUUCAUCAUCAAAUUAACAAAGAAAGAAAAUAUAAUAAACAAAAGAUUGGCUUCUUCUUGUAAAAAACAAAAAAUUAAAUAAAUGUCUUACAAAUAAUUGACAUAAAGUUAUAUAAAAAUAUGUUUGAAGGUAGCAAAACCCACUUUUUUGCUUAAAGAGUUUUUAAACUCACCUAAGGAUGAUUAUAAUUAUCAAUAUAUUACACAAAAUAAAUUUGCAUAUGUUAGAGUUUAUGAUUAGGCUCAAAAAAUAAAUAAAAUGCUUAUUAUUUGUCCUUCAUAGAAUUAUUAGAAGUAUAAAUCAUUCUAUCAAGAGAUAAAUCAAAGAUCCUUUAGAAGUGAUCUUAUUUUGAGUAUGCUAGAUAGUUAUCAUUUAGAUUAAGAUCAAUUUUUUUAUGUUUUUGAAAUGGAGUAAUUUAAUUCUACUUUAAAUGAGAUUGAAUAAUAAUAUGAAAACAACAUAGGAUUUAUUGUUAAUGUUAAGAAAUAAAUUACUGAAUAUUUCAAAAACAAUCUCCAUAUUUUUUAUCAAACUGAAAAAUAUGAGUAAGACUUUUACAUUUGUGUAGCUCAUGAUAAUUAACUAAAAGUCAAAUUUAAUCUUAUUGAUCCUCAUUGGAUAAUUCAAUCUGACAUUCAAAAGAAUAAUCCAUCAGAUUAAAUACAAGGUAAAAUUGAAAAAGAAAAUAUAUCUCAUAGAUAGUUAAGUGAAAUGGAGUAUGAAGAAAAAUUACCUGAAGAAAAAUAUUACAAAAUGAGUGAUAUUCCACAUUUAAUCAAUGAAUUUUGUAAUUCUUUUAAUACUUAUAUAGAAAAAAAAGAUUUGUUGUUAAGGAUUUAAAAUAAUUAUGCAAAUAUUUUGAAAUUCCAUCCAAAAGAAAUUUUUGAGAUGAUUUAAAGUCAUCCACUUUAUGAAGAAUUCCAAAUAAAUUACUUAGAUGAGUUAGAAUUUGAAUUAAUAGCUAAAAAAGAGGCUAAAUAAUCAUACUAAAAGGACAUUAGCUUAGUUCUUUAAAUAAAGCAGAAAAGCUAAAAUAAGAAUUCAUAAUUUUAAAUGAAAAACUAAAGUGUUACUCAACAAUUAUUAAUGUAGACUAACUAAAUACUGAAAAUCAUUAUUAUGUUUUAGUAGAAAAUAAAUCCAUAGCAUAUACUAUUUAAAGAUUCUAAUUUAAUUAGUAUUAGAGCACAAUAAAAUAAUCUUGAGACAUAAUACGAACAAAAAACAAUAAAUACUAUAUUACAAAAAGAUUUAUAUAGCAAUGAAUAUUAUGUUGAAUAAAAUCUUAAAAAGUUGGAUAUAUCUUAAAUAUAAGAAUUUAAUAAAACUUAGGAAAAAAUACAUACUAAAUUUGACAAAAGUAACAGAAACAAUUCAUUAUCCUAAAUAAAAUCUCAAAAAGAAGCUGAAUUCAUAUUAAAAAAAUAUUUAAAAGAAAAAGAUGUUAUUAAUUUCGUCAUCGAUUCAGUUAGCUUGAAUGAUAAUCAAUCUUACUAUGCUAACAUUGUUAAUUAAAGUAUAAGAAAUAAUAGUAUUCUCUAAAAUUACAUGGAUGAAAAAUUUUUAAAGUAGUAUGAAAAAUGUGCUUAUUAUAAAUUAGUUAAUUUGUUUUUUCAAAAGAUUUCUGAGAAUUCAAAAGAAGAAGUUGCAAAAAUAUAUAGUUAGUUAAUUCUUGGAUUUCAUAUUUUUAAUUCUUUAAAAAUUGGUAUAUUUAAACGUGUUUUCAUUUCAAAUAUUGAUUUUAGAAAAGUAAAAGUUCUUAUAAUGCAUUCAAGUAAAUUAGAUGUUAUUGCAAAAAUACAUAGAAUUCAUGAAGAUAUUUAAAUUACUUCACUAAGAAUUCCUGUAGAUUUAUUUAACAAAGCUCAACACGCUAAAAUAAAUCCCUCUCAAAAUAAAAUUUCUUAUUAAAUAUUUGAAAAAGAAUUUUAAUUGUUAAAGUUAUUUUUUUCUUCUUAUGAUAGUUAAUAUUUGCUUAAUUUCUAGUAAUAAUUAUUAUCAUUCCUAUUUGAAGAAGUAGCUAACUUUGAAGAAUUGGAACUUUAUACAAUUAAAAAGGGCUUGGUUAAUCUAAGUAAAAUAUAAAAUCCAGAAAUAUUAACUUAGGAUUAAUGUCAAUUAAUAUCUGAAAAUUCAUUUUAAACUUUAGUAAUAAAAUUUGAAAGUGAAGUAUGGUCAAUUUAUUUCAUUUAGAUUUUAAUAAUAGAAGAAGAGCUAUUUUAUUUGAGCAAAAAUAAUCCAUAUUAUUUGGCUAAAUAACCAGAAAAUAGGUCAUUUCAAGAAGUUAUGAAACUUGAGUUUUCACGCUCAACGUAUUCUAAUUUAUUUGGACAGGAUUAUGCUUACAUAUUUCAAGAUAAUAAGCUUUAUGAUUUAUAAACUUGUUUUUUAUAAAAGCUUUAACACUUGCAAAAAUUAACUUUGUUCUAAAAUAAAAAAGGUGAAAGUGCCUAUUUCAAUUUGUUAGGAUGCAAAUAGAUUAUCCAGCUAAAUUUAGAGCUCUUAAAUUAUAAGGCAGAUAAAUAUUAUAAUUUAGAUAAUAUUAUAAAAUAAAUAGACUAAACUAAAAUUAACUAAAUUAUAAUAUAUCAUAUUUUAUCUUAUGAGAAUGAAUAUUUUAAAUUUUAUAAUUACUUAAAGCCACCCCUUUACAAACUUAAAAGACUAGUAGAUACAAGUAUAAAAAUUGACUGGAUACGAAGAGAUAAAUGUAGUUUACGUUAUUCUGACUUUAUUGAUGACUCUAAUGAUGACUCUAAUGAUGACUUUAAUGAUGACUCUAAUGAUGACUUUAAUGAUGACUCUAAUAAUGACUACUUCUACUAAAAUUUAUGA